AUGCAUAGGGAGGUUAAACAGCAGAACAGCAACAGACCUGAAGGAAGAACAGCUGUAGCAACAUCAAACCAAGUUUGGCAGCCUCCUGAGUGGCCUAUGUUCAAAGUUAAUGUCGAUGCAGCUUUUGACAAGUCCUUAAACAGGAUGGGGAUGGGCAUCAUUGUGAGAGACAGUGAAGGUAAGAUCCAAGCAUGCUUAACAGCUCCUAAAGAGUGGGUCUUCUCAGCUGCACAAGCAGAAAGAGCAGCUUUGCAAAGGGCUAUGUUUAUGUGUUUUGAGAUGGGUAUGCAUCAAGUCAUUUUUGAGGGGGAUGCCAAAGUUGUUAUCGAUGCAAUCAAUUCCAAGGAGAUGGAUAGUUCGUGGCAUGGCCAAGAAACUGAGGACCUUCAACAAUGGAUGGCGGCUCAUCCAUUUUGGAGACUAUUUUUUGUAUAUAGAUCAGCAAACCAAGCUGCCCACGCUGCAGCUAAGGAAGCUAUUAAGGACUCUUGUGAAAAUUUUGGCUAG